AAGAAAGAUUUGGACAAUCGUUUAAGCCCUGAUCUAUAUUACGCUCUUCUUCUAUACGUGACUGAAAAGGGACCUCCUGGCCCCUCUAAGCUUUUCAAAUUACCCAUCUAGCGACUUGGGAUCGUCGGCGCUGGAGCUAGGGUUAGGGUUCUACGAUUCCUCUCGUUUCCCAUCACCGUUUCAGCUUCCUAUUCCCUGCAGUAGAACAUGAGGGUUCACCCUACCCCGAGGAAGCGGAACAUGGCCUUUGGCCCGGCGUCGCCGGCGGUGUCGGCCACCGGCCGGCUCAAGAAGCUCCGUCGACUUCCCCACGUCUUCAGCAAGGUACUUGAGCUUCCAUUCUGUGCUGACGCUGACGUCCAUGUGGAGGAGGAACCCACCGGUUUCCGGUUCAUUGCAACGGCGAUCGGCGUCAGUGCCAGCUUUCGCACCCAAUUCAUCGAGAUUCACCCUGGUAUUAUGAAGCUGGUUGUUCGGAAUAAUGAAGCAGGCGAUGUUGGAUUCGAGGAAGAGGAGCUUCAGCUUGAUCGAUGGAGAGUCCGGCUGCCCGCGUCAACUCGGCCGGCGCUCGCGACGGCCGAGUGUAUCCGUGGUGAGCUCAUUGUUAGGGUUCCGAAAGGGGCGGGGAUAGAUGAGGGAGGAUAGUUUUUGAAGGUAUCUAAUGGGAAUGUCUCUGGCGGCGGCGUGAUUCUGCCGGAUUUGUACAGUGAAGAAUUGCAGUUUUUCUUCUAUAUUCCUCUUCCUAAGCGAUUCGUCAA